AUGCUUGCCUCUCUCAUUGUGGCCUUCAUCUUCUUCUACAGGCUUACCCUCGUCCUCCUCGUAACGACCCUUUCCUCCGCCCUGAUUAAGCGUGCCACGUGGCACUACAUGCUGUGCCAUUGCGCGCAGACGGGCCUAACCUUCCCCGUCGGCCGCAGCGGCGGCGGUAAGUCCACGCUGGGCAACAUUCUCAUGCGCUUCUGUGAGCCUCUCACCGGGUCCAUCACUCUCGACGGCGUCCCCCUGACCGCGUUGGAUCUCAACUGGCUGCGCAACAACAUCACGCUCAUCCAGCAGUUUAGCCUACUGUUCAACGUCACAUUCUACCAGAACAUCGCGUUUGGCGCCCCUGAUCCCAACAAGGCCGACACGAGGGAUAUGCAUAGGGCGUGUUAUAUGGUGCUAUUGCGGAGUACACUGGCUGGUCUGCCUGAUGGGCUGAAUACGCUGCUUAGGGCUGGGGCCGGGGGGGGGGGGAGGUUGAGUGGCGGGCAGAAGCAGCGUCGUGCGUUGGCGCGAGCCGGACUCCGCGAUCAUCUUGUUCUUAUCCUUGACGAGAUCACCAGCGAUCUGGACUCGGUGAGCAGAAAACUCGUCCUCGACACAACUCGCAUCUGGAGACAGGGCAAGACGACGAUUAUCACCCAUGAAGUCAACCAGAUCGAGGAAAACGACUACGUCUGCGUCUUCGAAGCAGGCCGUAUUGUUCAGCAGGGUCAGAGGAAAGACAUAGAGCACCAAGGCCUCUUCGCAUCGCUUGUCCCACCCGCAGACGACGUCCCCUCUCCCUUUUCCUCGCCCACAGAUUCCGAGCCGACGUCCUGGUAUGACAACGACUCGUCAGACGAAGACUCCCCCAUCUACAACACAACAUUCGGUCGCUUCCUCCGUGCCACGCUGUCUACCAUCCACAAGUCCGUCUUGCGAAGGAUCACAUCCCGCAAACCGAGCGACGUCUCCCUGAAAAUUGUCACCGAACACAGCUUCGACGUGCUGCAGAAUAGGGUCCCGCGUGCUCGUCGUGGCCAGCCGUAUCUGGUUGAGUUGGAAGCAACCCAAGCAUCGCUUGAUUCGCUUGAAGUCUUGUUCCUUGAGAGGAUGGCUCGAUCGAGCGAAAAGAAACUGGCCAAGACUAAGAAGAGCAAGAAACAUGAUCUCACCAGGGCACCCUCUUUGAGACAUAUUCUUACGACUGUCUGGCCGCAUCUCGACACCACGGCCCGAGCACAACUAUUUCUAGGAGUCCAUACCACCUGCCUCAUGGCUGCUUCAACCCCACUCUUCUCUCAUUUCUUUUGCCUCGCUGCUCUCCGAUUUCUGGAUGCCUGGCCAACGGUCGUCAGAAGCCUCCAAAUGGGCGUGAUGUCAAGCUCCCCGAUCUGGGCUCUCGUGGUCUGCUGGGAUCUGACGCUCGUCACGCUCGCGAGCGUCCCUGUGGCCAUGGCCGGUGCACGGUUGAGCGACGCGGCGAGCGGUGAAUAG